AUGACCUGGGCAAAUAAUAAGUUUUUCUUUAUAUUCACUUUACAGUUUGUGUAUAUUGUGGGGAUCCCCCUUACAAUCAUCUUACUAAUAACUACAUUUGUGAAAACAUCAUUUUGUACUACUCGACAUGGUCUGGCCUUCAUCUUGCUGAUCUGUAAUUUUAUAUCUGCUACUCAAAUGACAUGCCUUAACAUUGCCAUGCCAGCUAUGGUGAACCACACAGCCUCACCUAACCCUCCAAACAACUCCACUGACUCCCAGGACUACAGCAAUGUAACUCUGGAGGAAUUUCAAGCAGUGGCUCCUGUGUAUGAGUGGAGUGCUGAAAUCCAGGGACUCAUCCUUGGCUCCACCAACUAUGUCUCCUUUUUAAUCCCAAUUCCUAUUGGCUAUGUGACUGGAGUAUUUGGAUCCAAGAAAGUGGUUGGUGCUGGCUUGCUCCUUUCUUCAGUCAUGACUCUCUUCAUACCACUGGCAGCUGACACUGGAGCAACAUUACUCAUUGUCAUUCGGGCUAUCCAAGGCAUAGCCCAGACUAUGAUAAUGACAGGACAGUUUUCAAUUUGGGUCAAAUGGGCUCCCCCAGUGGAAAGGAGUCAACUGACCAACAUUGCUAUGUCAGGGGUGUCACUGGGAAUCUUCAUUGUCUAUACUGUUGGUGGGUUCAUCUGUGAGACCAUAGGAUGGCCGUAUGUCUUCUAUAUCUUUGGAGCAGUUGGCAGUGUCAGUUGUCUUCUUUCGUUCUCUCUUGUUUAUAACAACCCCAUGAGUCAUCCCUUUAUCAGCACUGAUGAGAAGACAUACAUCACCUGUGCACUCGGACAACAGAAUUCUUCUCCAAAUUGGUCUCUACCUAUUAUGGAUAUGACCAAAUCUCUACCACUAUGGGCCAUAUUAGUCUCAUAUUUUUGUGAAUAUUGGAGUUUAUAUGUCAUGACAUUAUAUACACCGACAUAUCUCAAUUCUGCACUUCAAGCUAACUUAAAAAAUAGUGGAGUCCUGUCUGCCUUGCCAGCUGUAUUUGCCUUCAUCAGCACAAUCCUAGAAGGUCUUCUAGCAGAUUUUCUCAUUUCUAGAAAAAUUUUCAAAGUUAUCACUGUAAGAAAACUCUUCACUUCCAUAGGAGUUCUCAUAUCAUCCUCAUUGUUAAUGUCCCUCCACUGGGUCAAAUCCAGCCCCAGUACCUCUGUGGCCAUCUUAGUUGUGAGAGCUAGCAUAAACAACUUCUCUAACUCAGGAUCCUUGGUCAAUUUUAUGGAUAUUGCUCCUAGGUACACAUCCUUUCUCAAAGGAUUAUCAGAAGUUUUUUCCUCUGCAGCUGGAAUCGGUUCCUCUAUUACUACAGGAUUUAUCCUCCAAAAGGAUUCAAAACUAGGUUGGAGAAAUGUCUUCUUUCUUUCAGCUGCUAUUAAAGUAUUUGGCCUAAUCAUCUACCUUAUCUUUGGCAAAGCAGAGGUCCAGGACUGGGCUAAAGAAAAGACAGCCACCACGACAGAGAUUGAGAACCAGGCUAAAGAGUUGCAAGUCACCCGCCUCUGA